AUGACCAUGAGUUCAAUAGGGGAUAACUAUACCAUACACAAGGUAUCAACAAAGCGCACUCGCCAAGCAUGUUGUCCCUGUCGUCGGAAAAAGGCGCGCUGUCCGGGCGAAAAGCCAACAUGCUCGCUCUGUCACCGGCUAGGACAGCGUUGUUCAUACGAAGCGCAGACGGCCAGCCAUGCAAGGAGUAGGAGCAAGCCGGAACCGGCUUCGGCUCCGGCUCAGGCCCAGGACCAACGAAAUGAGCCUAAUGAGAUCCAAGAUGCCCCGAACGCUGAUAGGCUCCAGCGUAUCGAAGACAGAUUAGAAACGAUGGCACGUUUGCUUCAAGAGGGCUUGCCCAGAGUUGCGUUUUUGCAUGAAACUACGGCCAACAAUCGGCAUGUAGACCAGGACUAUGACGCACGGGACGGUGUUGAUGAAACCCAAGAGCUCAGCCGUCUGAAUGACUCCUUGAGUCCAAACCACGAUGAAACUUCGUUCCCCGGUGGUUUCAUAGAACGGGAGGUAGAGAUUUAUCUGUCGUACUUCCACGACCAGCCAUACUGCGUAUUCUCGAAAAUAUGGCUAUUGGAAAACGCAAAGUCCUUACCACUAGAGAUUUCACUUCCAUUAGUGGCUCUCACAUUUCAUCUUCCUCGCCGUUUAAGGGAGACCAUGUUUGGGGGUCCAUUGGACGCAAUGUCUUUCUCAGAGAAAGCCUGGAAUAUUGUAUCAAACAAAUAUAAAGAGGGACAUAUGAAUCUAUCGGCCCUCCAGGGCACCUUCCUCAUGGCACAAGCAGACUUUGCUGCUGGACGUGCGCACAGAGGGUAUGCCUCUGUUGCAUUUGGCUUGCGGACUGUUCAGUCUGUUGGCCUGAACAAAAAUCGAUAUUCGAACUCGUCAAAUCUGCAAGAGAACGAAAUGAGAAAGCGCAUAACGUGGGCCUUCUUCAUGCUCGAUCGCACAUACAGUGCCUCGCGAAACUAUUCACUCGCUCUAACUGAUAAGCACUUUACUCUUCCGUUUCCCUCUCGGGAGACCUGUCCUCCUUUCGAUGAGCCUAUCUCAGUUUUCCGUGGUACAUUACAUGAUGGGCCCGGUAAACAAGGACAAAAUGUCGACCACGGUAUUCUAGCUUGCCUCCUUCGAUUAUACGCACUCUGGGGUAAAGCCACGGAAUAUGUCUUCGAACCAUUCGCAGAGAAUUCACUUCCACCUUGGCAAACAGGGUCUGCUCUUGCAAUCCUUGAGUCGGAAUGGCUGCAAUUCGAAACUCAUUUUGCAGACGCUCAUCGAUACAUAAAUGUCGACUUCAAAAGACGCGCCCGAGAAGAUCCACAGUCACGCACAUAUCUUUCUACUUGGAUUUGCGUCCAGUUUCUCUUUCAUUCGAUUCAGUGUCUGCUGCACCAUCCCUUCGUUAUCAUGACGAAGCUUAGCGACUUCAAUGGGAACAUAUCCACAACAUUCUUACAAAAGUCCUUUGAGACGUCGCUUCUGCACUCUAGGUGGAUUGUUCGGUUUAUCAGGGAGAUGGGUGAGGUCAAUUUCGAGGUUUGUGAUCCGUUCCUGGGAUACCUGGCAGGAAUCGCUGCUACCAUUCAACUUGAGCAUACUGGUAGUAAGAAUCCGCAAAUCGCUUUGUUACUCAACAAGGAGUUUCGGGUUCUUGUCGAUUUUAUGACGGAAUUGUCUGACUAUUGGGGAAAUAUGAGUAUCCUGGUUCGCAAAGUGAAUAAGCUGGCUGCUCGUCAUCACAAUUACGGGUCCCUUUAUUACAAUCAAGAAGGAUUCUCGGGCGCAUUAUCCAAAAUGCCAACCCCUUCCAAUAUGCCGAGAAUGGCUACGAGCGACGAGGCUCUAAUGUGGGAAAUUCUCGAUGUCGGCGCAUCAUCUGGAGGGGCUCCUGAGGCUCAAUUUGGCGAUCUAGCUAUUUUACAGGGUCAUAACAAUGACUUUGAAACAGGGCGUAGGGUUGAAAGCAAUUCUGGUCCUGCGGGUGCGUCCCAACGAAGUGGGAAUGACCAACUUGAUUCAGUGGCCAGUAAUCUUCCAGGUCAAGAUAUCCCGCUUACUGAUCAAAUAUCGGGUUCCAUUAAUGAAGGUCCCUUGCCAGACUGGCCUUUUCCGGGGAGUGGCAAUGAUUUUAUGGGGGCAGGGAUCCCAGACAUUCCCGAGUGGAUGAUUUUGGGAGAUUACAUGGCAGAACAUCUGUAA